UUAUAUUCGUGCAGAACACUGUACCUUUAAUUUAAAUGCCCUUGGAGUCUGCUGGGAAGAGAAAUAAUACUGUCAGUCAGUAUGACAUGCAGAUGAGUGCCGUCGAUCUUAGAAUCACCGCACACUUCACUCAUUUGGGCAGUCACGGGGCCAAAACCAGAGUGUGGAGCCACAGUGUGGCGGUGGAGGCAGCAGCAAUGGGAGGCCAUACAGCACCCUAUGACAAAAUGGAACCCACCAGCAGUGUGAGGAGACCUGAAAGUGGCACAUGGCAGAGUGUGGCGAUGGAGACAGCAGCAAUGGGAGGCCGUACAGGGACCCAUGACACACUCUGGACCUGGCAGCAGCAUGAGGAGGCGGUACAGGGGCCCAUGACAGAUUACGGGCCUGGCAGCAGCAUGAGGAGUUGGUACGGGGGCCCAUGGCAGAUUACGGGCCUGGCAGAUGACGACGAGGCUGCCAAGUGCGAUCAAUUAGGUACUUCUUCGCCUGGCUGCUGAAGAGGCGG